UCGCUGGAUCGGUGACUGAUAGUACCAGUGAUCAAAACACGCCGCCGCGUAAGUUGGACGUUUUGUUUGAGAAGCAAAUAACUCAAACUUUCGUUUAAUAUGAUCAAUCGUAAACCUAAAUCUUGUUGAAAGAAUUGUGUGAUAUUACUGCCGUUUAGCGGAUACUAUUCGUAAAAGUCUGAAAGCAAGGCAUACCAGCAUCGCUGCUCAGUGAAGAUGAAGCUAGUGAGGUUUUUGAUGAAACUUAGUCAUGAGACGGUAACCAUCGAAUUGAAGAAUGGUACACAAGUACACGGAACAGUCACAGGGGUUGACGUCAGCAUGAACACACAUCUGAAGUCAGUGAAGAUGACGAUUAAGAACAGGGACCCUGUUCAACUGGACUCCUUGAGCAUACGAGGCAACAACAUCCGCUACUUCAUCCUCCCAGAGAGUCUUCCGCUAGACACGCUGCUGAUUGACAACACACCCAAGGCCAAAGCUAAGAAGAAGGAAGCAGCUGUUGGUCGAGGUAGAGGUGGGCGUGGCAGAGGAGGGCGUGGUCGAGCAAGAGGGCGUGGCCGUGGGAGGAGAUGAGCUUGACUUUUUUAAUACUUUUAACAGUGAGUUGUAUUAGCACAUUAUGUAGUCAGUCAUGUCGUAAAGUUAUGACAAGUUUAGAGAAGUUUUCUGUCCUUCUAGAUUUUGGAGAUAUUCCCUUUCUUUGUUCUGUAUUCUUUUCUUUUUUUAAAUAAUGCCCCUGUGCAGUUUUAGCCAGUACUAUCCAGUAACAAAACCAAGAUACCACAGAAAACAUCUGGAUGUCAAAUUAUUUAUUAACUUUAUAACCGAAAAAUGGCUGAUUCAGAUCCAAUUACAACCACCAAAAUUGAAGUGCAUACAUGGUUUUAAAUUCAAAUUAUGCAGUCAAGGUAUUGCAGAAUUUUGUUUUUCUUGGUUAAUCUAAAUCAUCAGCCAGUUUAUGAAAAAGUUUUAUUAUUAUGAGCAACCCCAACUUACAUGUGAUGCUAAAAGAAUAGUUAGCCUUCAUAACUGAGAACAUAACCCUGCCACUUUAUGAUUUGUUUUUGAAUCAGAAGGCUUAAAAAGAUGGAAAGGAAUAUAAUAUGAUUUUUAAGAUGGUCUUUGUCAAUUUUUAAACACAUUAUCCCAUUUGAUAAGUUUCCAAAACCAAGAUCAGACUGGAUCUCGCUUAUUGUAAUUGGUAAUCAAUCAUAAACCAUAGUUAUGCACUUAGCGUGUGCUACAGUCCUUCUGAUUUGAAAAUCACAGGCGUGUGGAAAAGGCACACCAGGAUUUUUCUAGGUGUGUGUUUUUUUCUAGGCGUGUGGUUUUCUAGGUGUGUGAUCUGUGGUCCAGGGAAAUUCAGGAGUGCAAUUAUUCACACUUCACGGGAAGCUUUUAGGUGUGCGAUGGUGUGGGGGUGCGAUCACACGCCUUAAAUCAGAAGGACUGGUGCUACUGCUACCUCCAAUGAAAAACGUUUAUCAGACGACACAACUAGGCGGUGUAACAUUGUUUGACUUAAAUCAAACUCAGUAUAAACCUCAAUGACAUUAUAUGCUUACUCUCAAGGUUGAAACUGAAUAACCCUUUGUUACUUCAGCUAACCAGAUUAUAGUUGUUUCAUUAUCAGAAAAUGGAAAAAGCUGAGACAACUAUAAAUACUUGUAAUAUAAUUUUUGGUUCAUUUUAUAAAGUUUAUAAUAUGAAUGGAAUGUCGCAUUUCACAGACAAACUUGCACAUUUUCGUAUUGCUUUUAAUUUAAUUUCCUAUUACCUAAACUUGUCAUUACUUUGCCUUUGUUUUAAAUCACUGUGUCACGGUAAAAUAAACACGUUUUUGUAAAAGUUC